ACAACAAAUAUGGCGGACGGCUGAUGAAUUUAUGUGAAUGUGUAAACAUUUAAACGCCCAUCAUAAGUUGUAGAUGUCAGUAAUUACAUACUGAUAGUUAUUGUUGAUGGUUUGACAGUUAAUAGUUUCAUUGUCACACAUAAGUAAACAGUCAUGCCGCCCAAGAAGAAGAAGAGCGGAAAGAAGAAGGGGAAAAAGAGUGGAAAGAAGUCUGGACGUGGAUCUCCAGCCAAAGUUUCCACCGAACAGCUCAACGAAUUGUCCAAAGAAUUUUUCCUGAUACAAAUCAGAGAUCUUGAGAAUAGACUCGUCAGGUAUCAGAAAAAGUGCGAUGAGCUUGAAGUUGGAAAUGCCCAGUUCCAUGACAAGUUUGACCAGAUGGACACAGAUAAGAGGGAGAUCGUGUCCUUCUGGAAACAACAAGUGGAGAAAAAGUCUGAUGAGCUGGCAGACUUGAACGACCGUUUCAUCGGCUUGCAACAGGCCAAAGAUGCUGAGAAGGAAACGUAUGAGAAUCAGUUGCAGUCCUUGAGAAAUGAAUACCAGGAGAUGAAGGAUCAGCUGACAUCGGAGAACAUGAUCUUAGGUGGCAAGCUGGCGUCUCUAGAGGAGUUCAAGGUACAGAAGGAGGAUUUGAUGGCCAAAUUUGCCAUGAUGGAGGAGGAGCUGGCCAAGAAGGAUCAAGAUCACAAGGAGGCUAUCUACUUGGAGAAGAAAGCUGUCAUUGAUAAGGACAGGUUAAAGAAGGAGAUGAUCCUGAGAGUGAACCAAGUUGCUGCAGAGUUUAGGAAAGUUUCCAACAAACAAAUGGCUGAGACAACCAAAAGGACAAUACGUGAAAAUGUGUCAAUCAAUGCACAGUUGGCAAAAAUGUCUGACAAAACCAUGGAACUGAUUCAGGAGAACGAUGAACUUCGUCAGCGGGAGAAGAAACAGAAACAGCAGAUUGAGCUGCUGGAAACAAAUGAGAAGGAAUUACUCAAGAAAAAUCACAGCGGUCAAAAGAUGAUUAAGAUGUUCACGGAGAAGUGUCGGAACCAGGAAGCCAUGAUAGCAGAGUACGAGCUGAGGGAGGAGGAGUACAGAGAGCGGGAUGCCGAAUCAGAUCUCCUCCGCCAGCAGGUGGAGUCCACUCGUGAGGAGAACCAGCAGCUGUAUAGUGAGAAAGACCAACAAGAAGAGCAGUUACGAGAUGUCACAAGUCACCUGGAAAAGGAGAGGAAGGACAAGGCCAAGAUUGACAGAGUUUUGGCGGACACUGCUUACUGUGUUCAGACUCUUGAGAUGGCUCUCAGGAAAACUGAUGCAGAGGAGGAGGAAGAUGAGGAAGAUUCUUUGAACGAGAUGGAGAGCCGGGACCGCAUGCUGGAGCAACUGCUCAUCCUCCUUAACAGUGCUGCAGCAGUGGGCGCUGGCCCUCCCCCUGGGGAGCUGGGCAAGCAGUUCGAGGAGAUGGAGAGAAGUGCCAGUAAAAUACCUGGCAGUGGCAAGGGCAUUAGGAGAGGACAGUUACCCUUGUCCCCAAUCUACAGUGGAGGUACACUGCCUCACUACAACCUGGGUGACCUCGGCCUCAUCCCCCGCCCCAAGCAGCUAAUCCCCACCAACCUUGACAAGAUGAGGGUAUUGUCGGCCACCACCAGACUCGGCACCCUCAGGAAGGUCCUCACUCGCUCUGUGGGCAUCCAGACAGUCAGCGUCCCCAAGGCCAUGUUUUAUGCUGACCAACUGCUCACUCGGGUACCAGUGUCCACUCAACAUGUCGUCAUGCAAGAGCUUCAUUCAUUGGAUAAACCCAAGACACCAAUCACUCUUGGACCAAUUGCAACAUCCAAGAGACUUUCCAGUAAAGUAUACUAAUGCUGUGUUUCUGACACUGAGCACAUUGCAUGGCUUGCCAAUCAAUGACAUCUGUGAUGAAAUAUACAUCGUUCUGAUCACGCAGCUCACUGUGAACACAGUCUUCACUUCUGGUAUAGACAUGCUAUUCAGAGAAUCGUGUCUAUCCCAUUUCACAUUCACUUUCUACUUUGAUGUCCAAUUAUCAAAUAAUUCUAAUAUGAUUAAAUUAAGUGAAUUGAAUGUACUGGUUACAUGAUUUUGUUAAUUAUCUUAAUGGUUCCUAUGUACUGUGUUCUUUGAAUUUAUUCAAUCAAAAAUUUAAUUAGUUUUAUGUUAUUUAUUCAGGUAAAUUUGUGUUACAGGUAAUAAUAUCUGUUUAUAUGACAUUUUAAUUUUAAGUCAAAAUCAUGAACUUAAAGCCUUCAAAAUUUAAAAUUCAUAUUUCACCCAUCUAAAUAUAAUUCCGUCCAGUUCAUUGGCAAAUAUAUUUAUGUACAUAACAAUUAUGUAUCUUAUUUGUUCAAAGAAUUAGCAUAUCUGUACAUUUGUUAAUUUAAGUAGUGAAACAAAAUAUUGAUCAUUGUAUAAAUUUAUGACCAAAGUGAUAUUUAAACUUGGAUAGAUUUUGUUAAUGGUAAAUCCAUGUUUAUAUUGUUGUGUGUAUAUGUAAAUUCUAUUGAUUGUGUGAUACUGAAAGAUAUAUUUUAUUAAUGCACUGGUUCUUUUCUUUCUUUUUUGAGGAAUAAACAACCUGCAUCUUA